AUGGCCAGCCAUGGCGUGACUCGCACCGUCCGGACUCGCACCGAAGAACAGCGGCUGCAAGACCUCGAAAAGAUCAAGAAAUACCGCCAUCUCGAGACCCAGAUACGCACACAAGUCGCUUCGGGAACCUACAGCCUAGAUCUCUUCGAGCUUACCACCAAGCUCCUUCGUCAGAACCCCGAAUACUACACCAUAUGGAACAUUCGGCGCCGUUGCUUGAUAUCAUGUCUAUUAUCCGGGACAGAAGGCCAGACCGCAUCAGAAGCUCAAGAUGGCACAUCGGGUACCAAAGACCAGGACUCGGACAACCAAGUGCUGCAGUCUGAAAUCGCCUUCACCAUGCCGCUACUACUGGAAUUUCCCAAGUGCUACUGGAUCUGGAACUUUCGGCAAUGGCUUCUGGCACAAGCCAUCCAAAGAUUACCUCUCCCGGUAGCAAGAAAGAUUUGGGAGACAGAACUCGGCCUGGUGUCCAAGAUGCUGAAUAAGGACCAGCGCAACUAUCAUGCCUGGGGCUACAGGAGGCUUGUGGUGGCUCAGCUGGAGAGCCCCGAACUUGACGGCAAGAGCAUGGCCGAGGGCGAGUUUGCGUACACAACCAAGAUGAUCCGACAGAGCUUAUCCAACUUUUCUGCGUGGCACAACCGUAGUCAGCUCAUUCCAAAAGUCUUGGAGCAGCGAGGCGCCGAUGACAAGGCCCGAGCAACUUUCCUCGGCGAGGAACUAGAUCUUGUGCGGGAUGCUCUCAACGUCGGUCCCGAAGAUCAAAGUUUAUGGUACUAUCACCAGUUCCUCGUGUCCCAAAUCGUGGGAGAUGGAAAUAAGCGGAGCAUCACACCGGCUUUGACCGUCGGCGAGAAGAUUGCCUACCUGAAGCACGAAAUUGAUGAGAUUAAAGACUUGUUAGAGGAUUACGACGACAUCAAAUGGAUUUACGAAGCUCUCUCAGAAUACACCGUAGCAUUAGAGCGAUUACAGCGCACUGACAGCAAUAGCGCCGAGGCUGGCGACUUGCAGGUCUGGCUCUCGAAGCUACGGACCCUGGAUCCGAUGCGCACGGGCCGAUGGAAUGAUGUUGAACAACUAGCAACAUGA